UGUGCGUUGUGUGAAAAAAUACUUCCUUUUGUUUGUUUUAAACCUGCCUGUUCAUUUCAUUUGGUGACCCCUAGUUCUUUUGAUCUUGUGUUUAUUGUGUUCUUGUGUCAUUGUUUAACCUCUUUCUCCUUUCCGUCCAGUUCUCCAUGCGUUCCACACAUUACAGCUCCUCCCGCAGCAGGAGAUGCCAAAGUCCAUUGAGCGUCUUCGGUGCCGAAGGUGCGUCGUGGUCGGCAACAGUAACUCCAUUCGUGGCCGAGGCUUCGGGGCAGUGAUUGACUCACACAACAUUGUCAUCAGGUUAAACAAUGCUCCAGUGAAAGAGCACAAGGAAGACGUGGGUGAGAAAACCAGCAUCCGGCUCUUCUUCCCCGAGUCUGCGCUGCCUAACCCUCUGGAUAACAAUGACAAUGAAACGCUGAUGGUGCUCGUUGCAUUCAAGAGCCUGGAUUUUAUCUGGGUGAAGGAAAUGCUGCUGAAGACAAGGACUAAGACUGUACAGGGGUUUUGGCGCCAGCCUCCCAGUGAAUGGAAGUGGAAUGCCUCUCACCUGCGGAUUCUGCACCCUUACGUCACCUACGAAGCAACAUACAAAUUGCUUCAGCUGGAGAAGAGGGGCAAGAAAUAUUCCACCACCGGAAUCAUCGCUUUGAACUUAGCCCUCCAUAUCUGCCACGAGGUUAACAUCAUAGGAUUUGGGUACCCUGACAAGCAUGACAAUACCACGCCAGUACACUACUACGACACGGAGCAUCUGAGCCAGGGCGUGUUUGUGAUGCACAACAUCAGCGCGGAGCAGGCGUGGCUGCUGAAAAUGAUGGAGCGGGGGAUGAUUUCCGACUUGUUGCGCCCUUCCUCCUGGUCCUGGGGCCCCUGAGUGGGGGUGACGCUGCGUGAUGUUCCAGGAGCCGUUGCUCCAUGCACCAGUGUUGGGCCACGGUUGGCUUUUACUCUUGUUGUUGUUCUGAUCUGUAUCGGACAGGGCAGGCGUUAUCCUGUUCUGUACCUGGUGGGCAGUAAGCCAUGGUCCUCCGGCGUUUGACUGCAUGGCCUUUGCUCUGAUGGCCUGCGACCUUUGCCUCUAAUCACUGAUCCAUGGCUUCCUUGGUGGAGGAGGAAGAGUGCCAUAUGGUGCUUCCCACACCUUUUGGAAACAGCCCUCCCUGCUUUGCCUGCUAGUCACUUGUAUUAACCCUUGACUUGAGAGGUUAAGGCCCCGCAUUAGGGCAUUGAGGGGUGGUCUUAAGCCAGGUCCCUUACAGUUCUCAGCCCCUUUCUCCGGAGCCUCAAGUGAAAGGAGCUGGUCCCGUUGGCUUGGAGAAGGACUCUGCCGAACCCUCAGAGGAUCCGGUAUCUCAGGUGAUCUUUGAAACGCUGGGGAAAGUUAUUGGCAGUGGGACCGUGCUGAUGAGUGUUUCUGUUUGGAAAUAAAGACAGAACUGGUUCUAAGUGGGCCUGGGAGUGUCUCUGAUUGGCACCAGGGUUAUAGGGAGGGGUUGUCUGGAGGGGACUAAUGUGGAUGACGGUACGCAGUGUCACUACAAACUCUUUGCUGCUCCUGGAUCUACAGUUACUGCCCCCCUUCUCUGCACACUCUUGAUGGCUUUGCUUGCCCCUCCCAACCUGCCAUGACUGCAU